UAUCUAUGGCACUCAAACACACCCAGCUCUCUUCCUUCUCAGACUAAAUGUGUCCCAUACUGGCCAGAAGAGGGGCUUGACGGUAAACAGUUUGGUCGCUUUUGGGUGGAGGUUAUAAGUGAGCAUGAAGCCAUGGUGUAUAAAACACGAAAACUGCGCAUAUCGAUGCUGCAAGACCCUGAUAACUCCCGUGACAUCAUGCACUACCAGUACCUGAAGUGGCCGGAUCAUGGUGUCCCGUCUGACCCUGGGGAUGUGCUCAGUUUCCUGGGAGAGGUGAACCGUGAGCAGGAGAGUAUCCCGGGGGCUGGACCUAUUGUUGUGCACUGCAGUGCAGGGAUCGGUCGUACUGGAACCAUUAUUGCCAUUGACAUGUUAGUGGAUAUGAUUCAAAUGAAAGGUCUAGACAGUGACAUAGACAUACAAAAGACCAUUCAGAUGGUGAGGUCACAACGGUCGGGCAUGGUGCAGACUGAGGCCCAGUACAAGUUCAUUUACGCAGCCAUUGCAAUGUAUAUUGAUUCAGAAAAACACAAGUUACAGGCGAGAGAGAACAUGAAGUCAACAGAGUCAGAAUAUGGCAACCUGGGACUAUCCCUCUCCAAGAUGAAAGUGACACGAUGCUCCUCAAAGCCUCAGGAGGGGACACUUUAUGAAAAUCUGAACGCUGGAAAAGGAAAAGUCAAAGUGAGCAAAAAAUCCUCAUCUGAGCGAGAAAGACCACGAUCAUCGCUGAAGAAAAAGUGAUGAAAGACCUCAUACACCUAUUGCCUGCUAGUUACCUACUUCACCAGCCUGUGCCAGUUAUACGCUGACUACUUGCCUUAACCUGGUUGCAGAGAUGUGUCACCCGGGGAAAUGACCCAGAGAACGUGUGUUAUAUAUUACAGCAUUCCUCAGGAACCAGUGCCAGAUUUUCAGCAUUACUGUAGGUGAGAGCACAAUUACUGAACAGCUUUUAUAUCACUCUAGUUCAGAUACCUGAAAGUCUGGCCUGUUAGUGCUUCCUGAGGAACAGAAUUGAACCACAGACUAACAGAUGGGACGGGGGUUAAUAAAGAGUAAAACCAA